GGUCGCUGCAUGGAGUCGCACAGCAGCAGGUAUCAUACAGGUUUGCCAAGCAGGCCACGGCGCUUGAUGACGAUCGGAGCCCGUUUUGUUCUCCUGUCGGACAAACGAGACGAAAACGUUUGUUCGACAGUGAUACGCACCAGACACAAACAGUGAUUUGCCUGAUUCAGUUGACAAAAGCCUUGUGUCGGAAAGUGCGGCGUCAUAGUGUUCAAGACGUUGAGAGGACACAAAACCAAAGGUAUUGCAAGCAUUCUUCUCACCGGUCAAGGUCGGAUACGACAUUGCCACUGAUGGACACCCGGGCAUAAUUUUGCAGAGGUUGAGAAGACAUCUCUUGCAUCUUUCUUUACCAUGAUUCCCGAUGAGGCCGUUCAACGGCGAUCUUUGGCUGAGACCUCAGCUCUAUGCCGAGCGACUACGGACACCUUCAUUCUUUCAGAGUGAGAUGGUCGUGUCUCAAAGGUUUUGAGGAGGAAGUCCUUAGUCGCUACUUUACAACACAGUUUCUCGUUCCUGCCAUGGCGACCUACGCUACGUGUCGAGAGAAUUAUCAUGAUCCGACAGAGCAGGCCCCUCGUGUCUGAAAGACGUCCUACACGGUCCGACUUCGAAAGAUGACUGAACAUGCUCUUGUGAACAGACUGAUAGCUCCCACUUCGAUGGAGUCUUCGCCAUGGAUUUUGAGAAUCAC